AGGAAGAAGAAGACAGGAGGUUAUGUUUAAAUUUUUAUUGUUUAUUUUUCGAUUUCCAUUUGCUUGCUUGAAAUCAGUGAAAUCAUAAUUAUGUACAAAAAAGAUGCCACCAUAAACGUACUCGAUCUCUUCCACGAGAGAAAACUAGUGAAAAUAUGCGCUCCCAUGGUUCGCUACAGCAAACUGCAGUUCAGAAACUUGGUGAAAUUAUAUGAUUGCGACCUGACGUUCACCCCGAUGAUCCUCGCAGAUUCUUUCUGCAAAAGCAACAAAGCCAGAAGAAACGAAUUCACCACAAAUUCCGUAGACACCCCUUUGGUGGCCCAAUUCGCAGCGAACACAGUCCACGAUUUCGUCGGGGCAGCAUACUUAGCAUCACCUUUUUGCAGUGGAGUGGAUUUGAACUGCGGCUGCCCCCAAAAGUGGGCUAGUGAGCAACAAUUGGGCUGCUCAAUGUUAAAAACACCAGAAGUUAUUUAUGAUCUGGUGAGGCAGUGUAGAAAUCGGAUAGAAGAACCCUUCACUGUGAGUGUGAAAAUGAGGUUAUCUAAAGAUCUAGAGCACACAGUGGAGGUUUGUAAACAGUUGGAAAUGUGUGGGGUGAGUUUUCUGACUGUUCAUGCUCGCACUCCAACCCAACUAGUAGGAGAAAUUAAUGAAAGUGCCUUGAAAUUAGUGAAGGAAAACUGUACAAUUCCAAUUGUAGCUAAUGGGGGAGUGAGUUCUUUAGAAGACUGUUUCAAUCUACAAAAUUAUACAGGGUGUGAUGGUGUUAUGGUAGCCAAUGGAAUUUUAACUAACCCUUGUUUAUUCAGUGGCUCAUCUGUUACCACCUUGGAGUGUGUUCAAAAUUGGUUGGAUAUUUGUUACAAUAGUACAUUGACAAUGGAGGAUUAUGAAAAAGAGGUGUUGGAGCCUAAAUGUUGGAUAGUUGAAAGGCCUUCCAACUUGACAUUUCAGUGUUUUCAUCACCACUUGGUUUUUAUGCUGGAAAAAAUUUUACCCAAGAGGAAAAGAAGAGUUUUCAAUAAUUUGAAAACAUUCAGUGAUGUCUUGUUGUUCAUUGAAGAUUAUUUCAAUAUGAGGCCAAAGCUUUUUGAGCUGGAAAAGUUUGCAAAAUAUUUGUCCCUCAAUUUGGAUUAUUCUGAUAGAAUUUGUAUUUAUGAAAGUCUGAAACCUAUUGAGUUGAAUGAUGCACCCUUAGUGGAAGAGCACAGUUAUAUUGAUGAAGAUGGGAAAUAUUUCAGUAAUAAGGUGUCACCCACUAUAGAGUAUGGAGAUUUUUCUGAUAUUUUUAUUGAAAAUGGUUGAAUCUUUCAUCCAGUGAUCAUUUGUUUGUUUGCCUUGCAACAUAGUGCUGGGAGAAGGAUGAAAUGGAAAAUCUAUGUUCUUUUUCCAUAAUAGAUCUAAUGAAACAGAUUAUUGCAACCCUUGUGUGAAAUUUCCAGAUUCAAAAUAAUUUGUUUGAUGAUUUUCAAACAUUUGAAAAUGUACAAGUGUUUUGGGGUAUUUUAUAAUAAAAACUUU